GAAUCCGUGAGGGAAACGAGGGUGGUGGUGGGGAGCGCGCGCGCGCGCGCUCGAGGGCCGCCUGCCCAGCCAGUCGCCUCAGGACCUGAAAGUGACCGUGUGGGGGGGGGAGAAAUAAAAUGGGGUGGCGGCUGCUUCAUAUGUGUAUUGGGGGCGCGGAAGCCCCAAGAUGGAGAGCCUCCCUGUGAGGAGAAGCAGUGUGUGUGAGGGGGGGGGUUGCCUCCUCAUACCCCCCCUCUCGCCUGAGCGGGCAGGUGUUACAGUAUUUAUUUAUUUUGAGGAAAGGCGAGGAGGGUUUAUUUUGAGGAAAGGCGAGGACAGUAAGAGCUGUUCAACAGUGGAAUUUGCUGCCAAGGAGUGUGGUGGAGUCUCCUCCUUUGGAGGUCUUUAAGCGGAGGCUUGACAGCCAUCUGUCAGGAAUGCUUUGGUGGUGUUUCCUGCUUGGCAGGGGGUUGGACUGGAUGGCCCCCGUGGUCUCUUCCAACUCUAUGGUUCUAUGAUUCUAUGGUUCUAUGGUUCUAUCCCCUCCCACAACCACUUCCCUCCUAACGGUCGGGAAAGGGGAGGGGGCGAGCCGGAUGUUUAGGGGUGCUGCUGCCGGGCGGGAGGUGGCGUGGAGCGAACAGCCCCCACCCCGCCAAUGCUGCUGAGUCCCGCCUGACAAGCUGCGUGGUCUCGACUGCCGCAGCCUUGGGGCGGGAUCGCAGGCAUCUUCUCUCCCCCCCCGCCCCCACAGCAAUAUCAAUAUCUCGCCCCCUCCCCUCCAAAGGUGUGUGUAUUUAAAUUUGUGUGUAAAACAGCACAUUUUCGUAGCCUUCGGCACCACCCCACAAUAUUAUAUGCAAAUAAAGAAACUUCCGAGAGGGUACCCCUACCCCCCCUCCACCCCCCCUGGCUUGGGCCUGGCUAGUUUAAUCCGUCUCCAGUACACCUCGCCACCCCCCUGCCCGCCCGCCCUUCCGCAUUUCCCGCCCUCCCCGGUUCCGUUCUAAGAAUCCGACCGAGGCAUUCGUUCCCUGUCCUUUGCACCCGCAUAGAAAGGGGGGGGGAGGUAUACUUUGCGUUGUUGUAGCGUGUCUCUGGUGUGGAUCUAUAUUGCAGCUUGUCCACAGCGUUAUUCUUGUUUAUAAAACAUCAAGUCCGUGCGUUUUGGUAGGCAUCGACACUCUUGCAAGUAUUUUUUUGGGUGUAAGCGGGGCUUUUCGUUCAUUUGGGGGUUCGGUAUAUCCCCGUGUGUGCUUUAAGAAUAGUCUUUUGACACCAGUUCCUCCCUCCUGGCUAUGAAUUAUCUCCUUCAUCUGUGUUCUAGUUACAGUGAACACCUACCUCUUCAUGAUGCAAGCCCAAGGCAUCAUGAUUCGUGAAAACAUGAGAACAAUAGGAGCUCAGGUUUAUGAACAGGUGGUCCGCAGUGCCUAUGCCAAGAGGAACAGCAGUGUGAAUGACUCAGAUUAUCCUCUUGAUUUGAACCACAGUGAAACAUUUCUGCAAACAACAACUUUUCUUCCCGAAGACUUUACAUACUUUCCAAACCAUACCUGCCCUGAAAGACUCCCUUCUAUGAAGGGCCCUAUUGAUGUAAAUAUGAGUGAAAUCAGUAUGGAAGAGAUCCACCAAUUCUUCUCUCAAGACCCUGCUAUCAAACUAGGAGGCCACUGGAAGCCUAAAGACUGUUUGCCUCGUUGGAAGGUGGCAAUCCUUAUCCCAUUCCGCAACCGUUAUGAGCAUCUGCCAGUCCUCUUUAGACACCUUAUUCCAAUGCUGCAACACCAACGUUUAGAGUUUGCAUUUUAUGUUAUUGAGCAAGCUGGUAAUCAACCCUUUAACCGUGCCAUGCUCUUCAAUGUUGGCUUUCGGGAAGCAAUGAAGGACCUGGACUGGGAUUGUCUAAUCUUCCAUGAUGUGGACCAUAUACCUGAAAAUGACCGUAACUAUUAUGGAUGUGGGCAGAUGCCAAGACACUUUGCAGCAAAGCUGGAUAAAUAUAUGUAUCUCCUUCCUUACAAUGAGUUCUUUGGAGGAGUGAGUGGCUUAACAGUGGAACAGUUUAAAAAAAUCAAUGGCUUUCCAAAUGCCUUCUGGGGCUGGGGCGGAGAAGAUGAUGACCUUUGGAACAGAGUGCACUAUGCAGGCUACUUGGUGACUCGGCCAGAAGGAGAUACAGGGAAAUACAAGUCUAUUCCUCAUCAUCACAGAGGAGAAGUGCAGUUCUUAGGAAGGUAUGCACUGCUGAGGAAGUCCAAAGAGAGGCAAGAAUUAGAUGGCCUCAGUAACUUGAACUACUUUCCAAAUGUUACAUAUGACGCCUUGUAUAAAAACAUAACUGUCAACCUGACGCCGGAGCUGGCUCUGGUGAAUGAAUACUGAGAAGAUGAAAAGAAGAAAACAUACUAUUUUGUAGGUAUCUCUUGGACAAGAAAAAAUAUUGUGUCUAAUGAAGGAUCACAGUAAUUUUGAAGAAAAGUACUCCACGCACACAGAUCGUCAGAUUAUAAACUCACUCAAGACUGUGCAGCGAUCUUGGACUUCACUUGCUUUUUGAUUUCUCUUUUUAAAGAACAGUGAUGUGACCUGCUGUUUUUGUUCCAGCAUUCCAUCUCCUUAAUCUUCAAUACCAAACUGUGACUGAAUGUGCUUUCCUGUUCAUCAAACCAGUUUGGCUAAAAAGGACGCCAUUGGCUUCUUGACUUCGGGUGCCAGAAGCUUACCUGGAGGCAAAGACCCUAAUGGGAGAUGAACUGCUACUUAACAAUGAUAUCAUUCUUCUACAUUUGUGUUUCUAUUGGUUUUUUUUUAACUGAACUGCUUGAAGACUAUAUAUAAAAAUAUAUAUACAUACACACAUAACAGAAUCACUUCUUAAAGAAGUGCAGGUGUAAAUAAGCUUGUAGAAAUUGCUUUUUUAAUAACUAUUUUAUGAUCCCGAACUAAAGCUGAAGGUUUACAACAUAAGAUAAUUUAUGUAAGCUCCCACCUGUGCAAACACUUCAGAACAUCAGAUGACAUUCAUGUGAGUAAUUUUCUUCAGAGCUAUUUACCUGGCUGUUUGCAGGUUUGGGACUCUGCUAGUAGGCUAUGAAGCUUAACAAAUGGAAGCCAUAGCUUAUUUGAGGGGUGGAAUCUGACUUUGGAAGUAGGGAUUCCAUUCAUUAAUGAACAAAGACCAGUCUCGUGCAUUUUGUGGUUGGAUAGCCUUUCCAAAUUUUGUGCUGAUUGAUCACAUUCUACCAUAUAUCUCAUAGUGGAAGCUAAACGCAGGAGGAAAUGCUUCUAAAUCAGCUUCGCCUUUGCAAGGGACAUAUUCUACAAAAAGUUGUAGGUCAUCACUCACACCUCAUAUCCACACAUUUUUGGGUCAGACUAAGUUUGCAAAGUCUACAGUGAUUCCUGUAAUUGAACUUUGAGCGUGGGGAAGUUAUAGUAUUUUGAUAUAUUUAUUGUGUAAAUGAAACUGUACACUGAACUGAUAUAGGUUAAAAUUGAAGGUUAGAACUCUUGGUUAUUACAGUUAACUGAGAAGGUGUUGCACAAGUACAAAUACUGGGAUAAAUAUAUCCAGACUCCAAAUCAUAAUUAAAAGAAUGAAGGGCAUUGAGAUUAGUUCAGGGGGGCAGAAUGUGAGUCUCUAUGACACAAGUGCUUGGUCCAUAUCCUCCAUUCAGUUUCACAGAUCUGGUUUUUGUUUAAAUGGGCAUCUUAGAUUUGUGCCUUUUUUGUUUCAUUUUUCAAAAACCAACCCACCUGUUCAAACAGUAUGUACUUUUUUUUUUUACUAGGGCUUAUAACUCUGGCAAAUGUCUUCUUGGAUUGCUCUAAUAUAUAUUUAUAGACACAGAUUGUGAGUACUUUACCUGAGAAGUACUUUAAUUUCUUUUAUUUCAUUGUUGCCUUCAAUUUGUUUAACUUGCCUAGUUUACACUUAGUUUUCUUUGGUUUGGUGGAUGUAUGAUCCCCAUAUACAUUUGUUGUGGGUGUGACUGACCAAGCCUAUUUUCUUUUGUCUCAAAAGAGUUAUGAAAGUGUGUGUGUGUGCUCGCACACUUGUGUGUGGGUGUGUGUCUGUGUCUGUCUUAUCAGCCCAUAUGAAAGGCAGCAAGUCUGCUCUUGAGAAUGCUGGUAAGUGUGCUUUAAAAUAUUUCAUAAGGGGAACCCUUCAUGGCUGCUGCAGAGGUAAGGAUUUGCGUGUCUUUUUAUUUUUUUAUGGCACAUAUAGCAAUAAAGACUUCUAAAUUUUGACUUUUUUCAGAUGUAGAUAAGACAUAUACCCUUUUCUUGCUUGUCUUUUUUUCCCUUAAAUCUAGAAAACUGAUAGAAAACAACAUCUUUAUUUAAUGGUGCUUCAGUUGAGGAAUGUGUUUUCAAAUUGUCUGAAUUCACCAUCACAUCUACAUGUAGCCAAAUAGAUAUUGGGCUGUGUGGCAUUUCAAAUCCUCAAGAUUUAGAGUAGAUUGCCAUCCCUCUAGAACCCCUAUUAUUGAACAAGAAAAGGAAUUACCUCUGCUCAGAAAGGCAUUAAAGAUUAGCAUGAAAGGGUCAGUUUUACUCCUUAAUCAAUGACUUUUGGUUUAUUUUGUUCUUUCCAAUCAAAGUUGUUUUAUUUUCCUCUUUAAGAAAUGUGGAAUAUCUUUGAAAUGUGCACUGUUAUUCUUAUCAGCUAAGUCAAAUACUAUAUAGUAAAUGUAAUUGUUGAAAACAUAAAUGUCAAGCGCAUGUGAUGUUAUAGUGUAAAAGAAAAUCAUUUUAAAAACUGUACAUACUUUGGCAGCUGAAAUUUCAACAAGGCCACUGCUCCCCAUUUCCAUCAGCAUGGUUGGCUAACACUGCUGGGGGCAGAACACUAUGAUAAAAAUGUGUGCUUUUUGUUUUUGUUUUUUGUAUGAGCCAUGUGGGUCUUUAUUUGCUAAAACAUUUGUUUUAAAGCCACUACAUUUUGUAAAAACAAAAAACAAAAAACCAACAGCUCCUCUUCUUGAAAGAGCUUACCAGCUGAGCAACCACCAUGCAUUUCCAAACACCUGCUCGGAAAAGGUAGCAUUGAACAACAUGUAGCUUCCUUCCAUCCUAUUAUUUGAGCUUGCUCUUAUGUUUUCUAUGAGGUGCCAGGGGUACAUUUUUGCACUGAAAUGUAUAGUGUUUUAAAA